AGAUCGGACAUAUUCAUUUGGCAUAUCUUCUGGGCGUAGGCGCGUAAACGAUAAAGUGACUGCCUGUCAGGGAAGAAGAAUGCACGUGCGAUUGGGAAGAAUGUCGCUCAAUAUGCUUAACGCGGUCAGACCAACAACGUGUACAGCAAACAAUAGAGAUGGUAUCGAGAGUACCAUCACAUCCUCCAAAACAUGGCUUCAGAGGAACCUACCGCAUCUGCGGAUGCAAGUUCAGCAGCUGCUGAUGCUAAAGCAAGACGGGAAGCACGUAAAGCCAGAAUCUUAGGCGCUGGAAAUGAUAGAUUGGCAAGAAUCACAAAGACAGGACGUGGUGGAGAAGCGGAAGCUUUAUACUCAAAUCCACCAAAGCCCCUAGGAGGAAAUGUAAAUGCCAGCAUAGAUGAUGAUGAAGUGCUACAAAGAGCUAAUGCUGCCUUGCUUGGAGGGACGGGAAAUGCAGACGAUGAUCCACAGGAUAUCGAUAUCUCACAACACCAAUCAGCACAGACGAAUCCAUUCUUGGCUAUGAUGCAACAACAGCAACAAGCAGGUGCAGGAGGACAAGCAGAUCAAGCAGGUAUGCCACAAGAUCUGCAAGGUAUGAUGCGUGCUAUGCAAGAAGCUAUGAUGAAUGCAUCACAAGGACAGCCAGGGCAACCCGGACAAGGACCAGGUGGUCCACCACAAUCACCUUUUCCGUUUGGUCCAGGUGCUGCUACAGCUCAACAAGUUCCUGCCGGACCAAGCACAACAGAUGCAAUCUUUAACCUUCUUCGUGUGUUCAUUUUCGCAAUCUUUGGUAUUGCUCUGGUGUACGGUGCUUUGUUCGGACGGCAUGCAGAUGCUAAACAAACGGUCACAGAACAUGCAACGGAACAAAUCUUGGAUAAAUUCGCUCACAUGUCUUCUCUGCACAGAUGGGCUCGUCUGGCGUACGAAAGACCGGCACAAUGGGAAGCAAAGUACUUCAGCAUGGAAAGCUUUGGAUUACCGAUUCCUGAGGGAAUUCCUGUGUUUUGGCUUUUUAUUACGUUGGAAAUUGGAUUACAGAGUAUGCGAAUCAUGCUGCAAAGAAGAAGACCAGCUCCACCAGGAUUUUUGCUAAAGGUUGCAUCCUUUAUUCCAAACGCAAACAUCCAGCUUUUGAUUCGCACACUAGCAUCGUAUCUACCACUUUUAGAUGCAUUCAUCAACGACAUUGCCGUUGUCGUCUUUACGAUCGGAUGUGCUAUCCUCUUUGCUUCUUGGAAGGUUGGCUUAGAUCCAAUCUUGGCACCAUCAGAUGCUACAAUGCCUCAAGGGAUUCUCGCCAGCGGAAUUCAGAAUAUUGCAGAUGCUGCCAAUGCUGUAGUCAGUGAAACUGUUCAUGCUGUGCCUGAUAUCAUCAAUCCAGCAGGACCUCCCAUGUAAAUUUAAUAACAGAUAAAUUGCAAAUUUUACAGGUA